AUGAUGUCUGCCUUCAGAGAAACAGAUGUGAAAGAAAUUUACUCACCUGAAAUUUGUGAAACUGAAGAGCCAAAAGCCACUGUGGAUGUCCUGAACUAUUGUCAGGUUAUAUAUAAAACUGUUCAAAGUCUGGAAAAGAAGUUUGAUGACCUGGAUGAAAAAGUAACGAAAAUGUAUCACUCUCGUGCCAGAUCCUUCUGGCGUUACCCUCCUUUUAGAGAAGUAUCCAGAAGAUACAAUUACCUGAUGUCUAAAAGACGUAAAGUCCAGAAAGUGAGACAAUUCAUUCAGGAUAAUUUGAUCUCCCGUCCUCACAGUUACAGUCCAACUUCACUAGUCCUCGAAAGGAAUGAAGAUAGUGAGGAUACGGAGAACAACCAGACUGGAGAUUACCUCCAGGCUUUCCAGUACCCCAAUUCUAUUGAAAACACCCAGACUUUCCAGUAUGCUGAUUGUAUUAACAAUAAUCAACCUUUGCAUUACGCUGAUGAUAUCUACAACACUCAUACUUUGCAGUAUGCUGAUUCUAUUGACACCAGUAUCCAGAACACUGAGGACAAUGAUGUUUACCAUUCUGAGGAUUCACAGGAAGUGAUACUUGUCGGUUCUUCACCAGAGAGGGACUAUCAAGAAACUCCACCAAGUCCUACAUCUACUGGCCAAAGCUACCAACAGUAUUACAGAUUUAAAAACAGUCCUAGCUCUUCUACAGUGCCCUACUACAGUGAUUUUGAAAAUACCAACAUGGACACCAUCACUUCUACCACUUCAACAGUAAAGGAAGCAAGUACCCUCCCUCCAGGGGAGCUCAUCCCCAUCCAGAAUCCUGAAAUGAGGCGAUUGGCCUUACUGGAGGCUCAGCGUUCACCUGUGAUUGAUCCUAACACUUUUGGUUCAUCAUCCGAAUGUAAUGAUGCUGUUGUGAGACACCUUGGAAACCCUGUAAACUGGUCUGUGGAUGACGUGAUAACAUUUCUGAACCGUUUAGAUCCUCCGUUGGCCGACCAACUCUACCCCAUCAUCAGAGAACAUGCUAUUGAUGGGAAGGCCCUGCUACUGCUUGAUUUUGAUGUGAUGGUGAAAUAUAUGGGGAUGAAGGUGGGAGUAGCCAUGAAGCUUGUCAGCUACAUUCAAAAGCUUAAAGAAGGAGUAAACUGUGACAAGUAAACAAAUUGUUUGUAGAACUUCAAAUGUUCUCAUUAAAUUCCUUCUUAAUGUACACUUGACUCCUUGUGCUCAUUGUUUUGGUUCUGGAGAAGGUUCUCCUAAAAUAGAAUUAGAAUUGAGAAAAAUACACUAUAGUCAAAGUCCGCUUGGAGUUACAUUUAACAUAUUAGUAUUAACAUACACAUAAGUCUUCUUUAGAUUUUUCAUUUUAUAGAUUAAAAUACGCUUCAUGCAAGAAACAAACAAAAAAAACUGCCUUUGACUUGGGUUUAUCUUUAUACAUAUUUUUAAAGCAACUAGAGAGGAAAUGUAAGGAACUAAUAACAUAUAGUUAAAGUGGUGAAAAUUUUUCACAGAAGAGAAAUUAAGGGAGAAUAUAUUGGUAACCUUCUUGGGUAGUUUAUCUCUAUAAUACUGUAGUAUACUUUUCAUGUUCUACCAGUUUCCAGAAAAAAACAAUGGCUGUAUAAUUUCUUGUCCUCUCUAUUACUACAUCUCUGUUAUGCUUGUUCAAAUUCAGAAGGAGAAACAUGAAGCUUAGGAAGUGUCUAAUAUGCUCCAGACAACUAAAUAUUCUUACCAGUUUUCAGGUAACUUAUAGUAUAGGCAGAAUGAGAUACUAUUUCAGAUUUAGAAGAAGAAAAUGAAGCUUAUGAAGUAUCUAAUGAGCUUCAGACAACUAAAUAUUCUUAACAAGCUUUUAGAUAAAUUUAGUAUGUAUAGAAUGUUUGUUUUACCUAAGAAUACCUCUAGAG